AAUAACAAAGAAAACAAAAUCUUGUCUGUACUGUACAAAUUCCGACGCCAGUGGUUGCUACGCUUCGCAUCCGGGGCUUCUCACGGAGCACGUGGCUUGCGCAGUUCACUCUGUUCGUUCAUUACAGAAAUGACUCAAAAGAGGCGAAAUUGUGGUCGUUCUAAGCACGGACGAGGCCACGUGAAGCCCGUCCGCUGUACAAACUGCGGCCGCUGCACUCCCAAGGACAAAGCUAUCAAGAAGUUUGUGAUCAAAAACAUUGUCGAGGCUGCGGCGAUACGUGACAUCGCUGAGGCGAGCGUCUAUGAAAAUUAUCCUUUGCCGAAGCUCUACCAUAAGUUGCAGUACUGUGUUAGCUGUGCUAUUCAUAGUAAAGUCGUGCACGGGAGAUCAAAAGAGGCUCGUAAGGACCGAACUCCACCGCCUCGUUUCAGGCCGAGACAAACCGAUAAUCAGCCGGGAAGCAGAGGCCCUCAGCAAACGACUACCGGUGGAGGGACAGGGAAAUGAACAGUUGAUGUAGUAGCUUUGCUAUUGAUGUAAUAAACCAUUACGAAUCUGA